AUCGCACCGAAUACUUAAAAUCAGCGUACCGCCUCUGAGUUUCUCAAGAGGCUUCUGCUUGUUUUAGUCCAGGCAUUCAUUACACGACCCGGAUCACCAUCCUCACGCAUCCACCUCCAAGAAGCCACGGAAACUCGCCUCCUCGAGCUUUCACAGUCAUGGCAGCAGCUCCCGUUCUGGCGAAGACGGCCGGUGGAAACUCCGCCUUCCACAACUUCAACAAUGAUUUCGCUCACAUUCGCGAUCCCAAUGAGCGCAGGCGCCUGGCUCUCGCGGAAAUCGACAAGGCUCCGUUCGGGUGGUACCACAUCCGGGCUUGCGUCGUCGCCGGUGUUGGAUUCUUCACUGAUUCCUACGACAUCUUUGCCGUCUCUCUCUUGUCGACCAUGGUUGGCAUAGUUUAUUUCAACAACAAGAAGGGUGUUACUCCUCCCAAUUCCGACACUGCGAUCAAGGUCUCAACUUCGGCGGGUACCGUUAUUGGACAAUUUGGGUUUGGGGCUUUGGCCGACGUCGUGGGCCGAAAGCGAAUGUACGGACUCGAACUUAUCGUUAUCAUCGUUGCAACCCUGGCUCAAGCGCUCGUUGGUGUCGGCCCUUCAACUGAAAUUGUCGGUCUACUUAUUUUCUGGCGUGUAAUUAUGGGUAUUGGAAUUGGUGGCGAUUACCCCCUUUCUUCCAUUAUCACUUCUGAAUUCGCUACCACGAAAUGGAGAGGCGCCAUGAUGGGUGCAGUUUUUGCUAUGCAGGGUUUCGGACAAUUGACCGGUGCUUUGGUCGCGCUCGUUACCGUUGUUGGGUUCAAGGGUUCCCUCUCACAAGCCAAGACCAUCGCAACCUGCACUGGAAGCUGCGCUCUCGCGGUUGACAAGUCGUGGCGUAUUCUCAUCGGUUUCGGUGCCGUGCCUGCAUGUAUUGCUCUUUACUACCGUCUCACCAUCCCAGAGACGCCCAGAUAUACCUUCGAUGUUGCCCGCGAUGUUGAAAAGGCCCACGACGACGUUGAGGCUUACAUGAAGGGCAAGAGCGAGGGCAACCCAGACGAAGUUGCUCGCGCUCAAGCCCUUCAGGAGGCCGAUCAACUCACGGUCCCCAAGGCCAGUUUCAAGGAUUUCAUCCACCACUACGGUCAAUGGAGAAACGGCAAGAUUCUUCUCGGCACAGCUGGCUCAUGGUUCUUGCUUGAUGUCGCUUUCUACGGUCUCAAUUUAAAUACUACCACUGUGCUUGGCGCUAUCGGAUACGGUGGCGGCUCAAGCGUUUACCACAUCCUUUAUAACCUCGCUGCCGGUUCCUGUAUCCUCGUCUGCGCUGGUGCUAUCCCUGGAUAUUGGUGUUCAGUCGCGACUGUCGAUACCAUUGGCCGUAAACCAGUGCAAAUGAUGGGAUUCAUCGCUCUCACCAUUCUUUUCAUCGUCUGGGGUUUCGAUUUCAAUCACCUCAAGCCACACGGACAUCUCGCUAUCUACGUCUUGGUGCAGUUCUUCUUUAACUUCGGUCCCAACUCAACAACCUUCAUCGUCCCCGGUGAAUGCUUUCCUACCCGCUACCGCUCAACCUCUCACGGCUUCUCCGCCGGCAUGGGCAAGAUCGGCUCCAUCAUUGGACAAGCCGGUAUCGCCAAGCUCCGCACCAAGGGCGCCACCUCCAAGACAAGUGCUAACCCAUACCAAAACCACGUCAUGCAAAUCUACUCCCUCUUCAUGUUCCUCGGUAUCUUCACCACGCUGUGCAUUCCCGAGACCAAGAGAAAGACCCUCGAAGAGCUGUCUGGCGAUGAGCAGUAUACCAGCUCCAAUGAGCACAUCGCCGAGGUUGCGGAUAACAAGAGCGAGGAGGCACCUAAGGAGCGGGUUGUUCAGGAAAGUGCAGCAGUUUAGAGGAUUGGUUACCUUGGAGAUCAUGUUCGAGACUCAGAUGUUAGCUCUGACGAAAUUGUAAUUCCAUAUAUUAUACCUAUCUAAUUCUAUCCAAAUAAGUAUUCUUGACGGCUG